GAAACGGCGUCUCAUACAUUGAGACAGGCGCUUCUUUUAAUUUGCUGGGUUAGGAGGUCAGUCAGUUUUCGCAGUUUCCAGUUGCAUUGUCAUCAUCAUGAAUACAUCAAACCUAGAGUCUCCAUUCAAAGAACUGGUUCAAGCCGCAGUCCAAGCAAAGAACCGAGCUUACUGUCCGUACAGCAAUUUCCACGUGGGAGCGGCUGUGUUAACUGCUAAUGACCAAGUCGUCGCUGGAGUCAAUGUAGAGAACGUUUCUUACGGUCUCUCUGUUUGUGCGGAGCGUGUGGCCAUCAUGAAUGCUGUAACACAAGGGCACAAAGAAUUCCAAGCUAUAGCCGUGUGUUGCGAUAACAAAGAUUCAUUUGAAUGCCCAUGUGGAGCUUGUCGACAGAUAUUUGCAGAGUUUGGUCUGGAAAUGGAUUUAUACUUGGUAAAACCAGAUUGCACUUACAAGAAGAUACAAGUGGCGGACCUCUGUCCAAUGGCUUUUACUCCGGCCUCACUGAAAAAGGACAGAGUCUAAGGCUACUCGGAGAUGUUGAUAUUAGACGAGUUUCUUUGAAUAUGUUUUGAACUCUCAAUAUGUUAUGUAUGGAAGUAAAGUUCCGUACUUGUAUGCAUUAUGCAAUAUACAGUCAAAUAUUA